GUUCCAUUAGAAUCCUCGGUCGGUAAUCGGGACUGAUUGUGGCUCAAUGACUACGUUUACAUGACGGUCUUAAACCGGUUUAGUUAAUACCGAUAUAAAGGAAUUGACGGAAUCGAAGAACCCCAAAUAUUCCUUACAAGUUCUCUAUUCCUUUAGAUCAAUAUUAACUAAAUCGCGUUGAAACGUCGUUUGUAAUUAUUGUAAGAAAUUGUAAAUUGUAAGGAAUAUUUGGGAUUGGACCUCGUGCACCAAAGGUAGGAGGUAGCUGCGACCAAUGAACAAAGGGCAUCGAGCUGAGACGUCAUGUAUUAGACUCAACACAUCCUGUGAAGCCGUAAAUGAAACACGAUUGUGUCGAAGUGUGUCGACAAAAGAAAAACACUCAUUGGUGAUAUGAUUAAGUAGCUCCGUAUAUGACAAUGGAGAAUUGUCAGCCGUUGCGCGCAAAACUUUAAUAUAGAUGGAAAAAAUAAUUGACAAGACAAUAAUUGAACGAGUUGCUCAACAUCAUAAAUUAGUUUAUUGUCAAAUAUAUGAUGCAAGUAUUUUCAGAAAUUGCUUCAUAUUAACAUUUAACAGAUUGAGAUUUGGCAUUAAAUGAGUAAUUGUGAGAAUGGAAGUUAAAACUGUUGGAGGUAUUCCUGUGGAGUGUUUAACUGGGGAACUUGCCGGAGUGUGGUCAGGUUGGCGUACUUUAGGUGAUCGUGAGGUGGUCAGAGAAGCAUCUGCAAAGGGAACUCAUAUAAAAUUAGCUCAAAGAUUUCUAGCUGAUAGAAGGCAAUGUUCUCUAGAUGAAGCACAGAUAUACUUUGACAAGGAAGUUGAUGUUUGGGUUCAAGAGUUACUUGGAAAAUUACAAGUGCACAGAGCUUCUCAUAUCCUGCAUAAUGUUGGUAAAUGCGCUAAGGAAUAUAUCGCUGCAAUCUGUGUAAGGAGUAAAAAUCCAAAACUUCAAGAAUAUUUAGUUCAGCAUUUGAUAAAAGUUAAUGGGUUUCAUGAAACACAGGUGGAAGCAUGGAACAUUAUUAAUUUUAUCAACAAGUAUAAAAAAAAAUGUCUGUCUCCAGAUAUUGGAUCGACAACACACAAAUCAAUAGAAGAAAUAAUGCAAUUAGCAAUGGAGAUAAAACUUGCAUUGUGUACAGAAAUAUAUUUUCAUAUAUAUGACCCCACAAUAAAUGAACAAUUACAGAAUUCUGUGGUUUGGAAUUAUCUACUAAUGACCAAUAGAUAUGAUAUGAUUUGUUUUUGUAUUGACAUGAAUUAUUCAUCGAGCCUAACAGAUAAUGAGAGAAUUAAUGAAAAUAUUAAUAACAAUGUAAAAAAUAUUUUAUCCAAUUUAAAAAUUACCAAAGACAUGGUUCAAUUGUUAGACAAAACAAAUAUUCCUGUUAUUACAAGUGAAUUCGUCCUGAAUUAUCUAUCAAGGUACGGAGUAUUUAUGGAAAAGGAACAGGAGAAUAUAAGUCAACUGUUAGCAAGAUUCUUUAACAAUGGAACAAUACCAGAGCAAUUCCAUAAAAUAUUAUCGUUUACGUCUUGUAACAUAAAUGAAAAUGAUUUUAUGGGAAAACUGGAUAUUAGAUUGUACUCAAGAAAUUAUAUGAAAGAUAAUAAGAAAGAAGAAUCUGAUAUAAAAAAUGAAAAAUUAUCAAAAACUUUAAACAGCAUGUGCGUUAUAGAAGACUCACUCAGCGACGCUUUGCAGAAUGGGAUAAUAGCCACCAUUAAAUAUAUUUCAAAUAAUCCAAAUCAAUUUUUCAAGGAUAAUUAUCUCAUAACAUUCGUCGUCGUAUUCCUGCAAUAUGGAAAAAAGCUUGGAACAUUAAUACACAAUGAGGGAGGCAUUGAUGUAAAGAAGAAAUGUUUACAAAUCUUCAUGGAUGAAAAUGACUUAAACAUUGCUGAUGAAAUUAUUCCAAAAGAAAUGAUACAAGAGGCGUUAUCACGUUUACCCCAUUUAAAACAAGCAAUGCGUGAUGAUUGUUGUGAUAAGAAUGAAGUGACAAGUUAUCAACUUUUAGAUGGUUUUAAAAAUUUCCAUGCUACUCAAGCGUUUAAAUGGCGGCAAAAAGUUGGAUGCAUGCCCAAUUUCUCAAAUGAAAAUAUUUCAAAAAAAUAUGGACACAAUGAGACAUUCUCUUAUUUGAAUUAUUUGAAGGAAGCAAGACCGCAUAUGGCUGCAACUAUAGUGAAACAACAACAGGAUCGGAUUCAUGGCUACGUGUCUUCUAAAACGAGAUCCCAGUCGUCCCUUGACAUACACAUAUUUGGCCUUAAGCAUUUGAAAGAAACUAAUAUCGUUUGCAGCUGUAUUUCUUUUAUGGAAAUUUUGGGAAUGAAUUCUGAAAGUUUGAGACUUCACAUAGCAGUAGCAAAUUAUGUCCAGGAAAAACUGAACAUUUCUAUUGGGAGUUUUUUAGAAGCUGCAUUAUACAACAAUCAAAAAGAAUUAAAUUCGAUAUUGUCAUAUUUAGAACUUAGUUAUCAUUCAUGUCUCAAUAUGAACAUUAUGAAUGAUGCAACAAAAUUUGUUGAGUCAUUAAAAAUAUGGGAUGUCAUUGUGCGAUUUGCAAAAUUACAUGAUACAUCGUUGCCUGUUACCUUAUUACAAUUUCUUGCUAAAAAUAAUUUUUGGUUUGAAUACAUUCUUGUUGGACACAUCUUUGCAUAUCCUGAGGAUCAGGUUCUAGAAAAUGUUAAGCAAUUCGAAAAUGCAAAUCUGUGGGAACACUUGCUAACAUGCUUAAAUAAUUCUCAACUUCUAAAACCAAAUGCACCAAAUCGUAACACGCAAAAAUUAAAAUUAAGAGAUUCGAGGCAAUUACUCUAUUCAAAAAUUGGACUCAAACAACAUGACUCACCAGGAUCAAGUACAUCAUCAGUCUCAACGGAUACAAGCAGCUCACUGGAAUCGUACACAGGAAAUUUUGAAAAUUUUAUUUCAAAUUACGAUAAUUUCAUUUUUCCUAAUGAUCUGUGGUUGAUAAUCCUUAAAUGUCAUCAGAGCCAGGAUCCACCUGGUUCAUUACUCAAUGCUGCACGAUUAAAUUAUUCUCCAAUACUCACUGUCCUCGCUACAUGCUACGAGCCAUCCUCCUCUGCUGCUUAUUGGUGCUUUUGGCUGGUAAUGUCAGUGGAGAAUGAAGAGUUUCUUUCCGAGUACGAAGACUGUUUGCAGCAUCAAAUAUGGUCAGCUGCUAAAGUCUUGCAUCUCAUUCAGAGUGUGCUAGCACGUGGCUAUAUUGACUCACUAAACAGAAGUCUGGAAAUAUUUAUGCCGGAGAAUCCGCUGUGUCCUUUUAUCAAGUUCUUGAGGCAAUGCGUGCACUUGGGAGAUUUCAAAUCCUGCAAGGACGAUUUGGUAAACUUUAAAGCUGGUUGUUCAAAUCUCAAGUGCAAUAAAAUGAUAAACUGGGAUUCUCCGGACGUGACAUACUUAGAAAAUGCUUAUUGGAUUGCGACAGUGGCUGUCAAAUGCAUUUUAGCCGUUUUGAACAAUUGUUUUCGUAGUAGUCGCUGUUGUAUUGAAUUUUUAGAUCUGCUAAUUAAAUGCGACUUCAGCACGGAUUUGCCAGUGUCUUGUCCCAAUUUUGAGUGUCUAUUGGAACUAGUCACUAUCCUCUUCAAUACUGAUAUAACUUUGGAUUUCUCAGCGUUUGAUAUCAAAGAAAAUAACAGCAGGUUUGACAAGGAGAUUGAACGAUGUAUAAAUGAUCUUUUAAAAAUUGAAAAUUAUAAAAGUGCCUUACUUUUAUCCAAAGCUGCAAACGCGGAUUGUUCAAAAAUAAUUCUCGCCCAGCAUCGGAGUGAAUUAAAGCGGACUAUGAAAAAAGGUGAUACGAUUGAUACAAGUUUUUGGAAACGAUGUGCAACAGAUUUUAAAGAGUACAACGUCUGUCAUGAAAGUGCAGCUGAAUUUUUUAUAGAAUAUGCUGAGAGAGUCACAUCGUAUAAGGAACGAUACGAGAUCCUGAAAUUGGCAUUUGAAACAUUGAGACACAGUGCCACAAACAGGCAAACUAUUGAUACUGUUGAAAUGGCUAUGUGGAAAUCAUGCAUUCUCGCUGGUCCCAGCAACAUUGAACUUGAAUACGAAGAUAAUAUUUUUUCUAGUUUAAAAACCGAAUUACUAUCAGGACUAUCUACACUACAAGUGAGCUGCAAGUUAAACGAUCCUGCUGAAAAAUGUGCUGUUGAGGCUUUGAUCGAUCGUUUCCUGGACGUUGGCAGAUUGGAUACAGCCUUAAGAAUAAAUUCUAUUUUUAAUUGCAAACACAGUGACUUGCAAGUCUUAAUGCUGUGUUUGAGUUUGGCAGAGGGUGAAGUAUCACCUUAUAAAUUAACAGCACAACAAAGAAUGUUGCUGUCAAAAUCUAAUAAAAUUAGACAACAGAAACACAGUGUUUUUCGUACUCGUGGUUUGCAAAAAUUACCUUCAUCGAAUGCAGCAUUGAUGAGAGUUUCUUCAUCAAGUUCAUUUCAUAGUGAAUCCUCUGAAGUAAUGAGUGCUUCCAGCACCAUUAGCGAACGUCAAAUGCAUCUUGAUUGUACAAGAUUACUUGAAAGACUCGUAGAGACUCUUAAACAUGGAGUAGCAACUGGUAGUAGAAUAAUAUUGUGCCACAGAUUAGCUAUUUAUUCUGGGAGAAGUUAUGAAAGUCUAUUAACAUUAGAUAAUCCAAGAAAGAUUUUGCAAGAAAUUAUUGAUAAGAAUUGCGAACACAAAAUGGAAGUUAUUGCUGAUAUUAUUGCUGCCUAUCAGAUAAACAAUCAAGAUGUUGCUUGUUUUCUAGCUGAGAAAAUUUUUGCAAAUAUUACGAUGCUGGUAAAAGGGGAAGCUGAUGAAUUAAUGGCGAUUUGGGGAUAUCCAUUGGAUAACAAUUUUCAUUUAAUCAUUGAAUUGUGUAGUGAACCUACUCUGCUUGGUAUGAAAUUGCUGGAAAAGGCAACUAUGUUAUUAGGACGUUCUCAUGGAAAUAAACGAGACGGUUCAACAUUGAAGAUAAUAGUUGAACUUUUAAUACGGUCUCAUGAUUGCUUUACGGCUUCAUGUAAUAUGGAAGGAAUAGCAUCUAUCCUUCGAAAGUGCCAACACCUUGCUGUUUCAUUGCAAAAUCUUAAGCAAUGGAGCCUAUUAGUGCGUCUAGUAACAGGCGUUGGUCGGUUUAUGGAAAUGAAUUAUAUUUUUCAGAUUUUGAAAGAGAACGAUCAAUUUGAAUUUUUGUUAGGAAAAGGUCUUGAUAAGGUACCAGGCUUGAAAAUGGCUCUAUUAGAAUUUGUAAAACGUCAGUGUCCAGAGAACAAAGAUCUCUUCAAUCUAGUCGCGUUACAUUUUCGACUGUAUCAUGAAAUAGCACUAAUGUGGGAACGUGAAGCGAAGGAAACUAUAAAUGAAUUGGUAGCUAUAACUAAAAAUUAUAGUCGCGGUACCACUUCAUUUCAAAAUAACAUUCGAUCAUUCAUGAAGUCUGAAAUAGUUGAAAAAAAAUUACAGUUGACAAUGGCCAAUCUGACACAUGCAACUCAGUACUAUUUGCAGGACAAUAAAUCGAAUCUCGCAAUUCGAUGUUCACAUCAAGCGCAACUAGUUGCUCUUCAGCUUUCAUUAUUCGUCACAGCAUUGCCGAAUCAGCAUGUGGUGUGCAUUCUCAAUUUAAAUACGGAUGAAAUUGAUAAAGUGAUAUGUCAAAGUUUGAGUUUCUCGCAAGCCCUUAUACUUGAGAGGGCUUACAAUCAUCAUGCGGAUUGGGCCGGAGCCAUUUAUACUCAUUGCAUUGUGAAUGGAGAGACGAAAUAUUUAAAGGAAUUUAUGAUGUCCAAUGUGGCUGCUUUAACUGUUGCUGUUCGAGAUUGCGCAAAAAGAUAUCAAUUAGAAAAAUCUAUUACAAAACAAAUGGCUGAAAAUAUGCAAGUAUUGAUUUCACAAUUAUCCGAUAUUGAGUGUAAAUAUAUGUUGGCCAGUCAGCUUGGUUUUAAACCUAUUAUUGAAAGUAUGCUGGCAAAUUCCUCGAUUAACUCAUACUUGAAGGAUGAUGUGUGGAGGAAAGGAUACAACACACCAUAGUUUAUUUAAGAGAUUAUGUCUUUUGUACCUGCGCGUCAUAUUUGCAAACAAUUAAGAAUAGUAUUGUCGUCUUAUCGACUUUUACUGUAGUCACGAAUUUUGCAAUAUUUAUAAUUAUAUAUGUAUAUUAUAAAUAAUGUUAUCACAGAUGUAUAAUAUUUUUUAAUAAUCUUUGCUAAA